UCCUUCUUCAGUUAAUCCCUCUUUCAGCCUAACAGCCCCUCGAGUGAUUUCUUUGCUGAUCCGAAGCAUCACACUGCCCCAACAAUGGCGGAAAUUUCCGAGUCCGAGCCUCUUAACCCGAACCCGGAUUCUCUAGAUGGCGGCUCUUCCAGCCGAAGAUUCAUCAUGCCAGGAAUUAAGCGUCUCAUGGUAACCCUCUCCGUCCUUUUCUCCUUCCUUGCCGGCCUCCCGUUUCUCCUCAAAUCAACAGAAAUAUACCGGUCGCCGCUUCCCUUCAGUUCCAUCGAUUCCCUUUCUAAUAGCCUCCUCCCGGAGCCACCCUCUCCUCCUUGCUGGAUCCAGGCUGUCUUUCUCCGCCCCAGUGUUGGCGACAGCGUCGAUCGGCUAGCCGGUCUCAUCUCCGAAGAGGUAGGUAAAAGAAUUGAGAAUGUCCCCACUUGCGGAAGCUGUGGGAGAAAUUAUGCUGUCUCAGUGACGGUUGAUUCAGGAAAAGGUGGCUGCAAGCGUAGUGGCAGCCGCAAGGGGGAUCCGUGCUUUUGGCGUUGUGGGGAAGUUGACUCACUGGGGUUGAGGAACAAGGAUGAGGCUGUCGAUGAAAUGCUUGAUGAAGCUCUUGGAAAAGGUGGGCGAUGCAUGGGUUUAGGCGGUGGGAAGAUUUACACUGUGUUCGUGGGGGUGAGCGAUCUGCAGGAGGGGGUCCGGAUUGUGGUGGGAAAGUAUCGACAUGCUUGGAUUGUGGGCAACGUUGAGGAGAAUGAUGCGAGCUUGUUGAUUACAAACAUUUUUUUGAAGUAUUUUGUGAAUGGAGGACGGGAGGAGUUAGUGGAGCAGAGGAAGGGAGAGUUUGUGCCAGUUGGAUUGGAUGGCAGUGUCGUGCUAUCUUUUAGUCUUUUGAAUGCUAACCCUAAUGAUUGGGUUUAUGGCUG